AUGGCUUCUCUCGCCUCGGGACUUUUCAAGUCCCUUCCAAAGCCCCAGUACAGUGGUGAGGAAGAGGAGGUGCCCCAGCAUGCGCAACAGCGUGGUGCGCGUGUGGUGGGUGACAACCAGCUCGACGAAACACAGAUCGUUCUUCAGGUGAGUCUGUCUCUUUGGUCUAAUAUGAACCAGAAGCUCAUCAAGUGUUUUCUGCAAAUACAGAAAACCGGACCCCCGCCUUACGGAAACCGCGCAGGAUGGCGACCCCGAGCCCCCGAAGAUUUUGGCGAUGGCGGCGCGUUCCCCGAGAUCUUAGUCGCACAGUACCCUCUUGAUAUGGGCCGGAAAGGAACCUCGUCAAAAUCGAAUGCACUUGCGACCCAGGUCGACGCGGAAGGCAAGAUUAAGUUCGAUGCGAUCGCGCGCCGUGGACACGGCGACAACCAUAUUGUCCAUGCCUCAUUCAAAGAUCUGAUCCCGCUCCGGCAGCGAGUGGAUAUGGGAGAAGUCUCACUGGACCGACCUUCGGAGGAGGAAGUUGCGGCUCAGAUGGAAAAGACAAAAAAUGCACUGGCUGGUUUGGUGGAAGGAGCUGUUGCGGCCCAGAAGCCGAAGAACGUCAAGGGCGGACGCCGAAACGAGCCCACCUUCGUGCGAUACACUCCUGCCAACCAAAUGGGCAAUAACGACAAGAAGAACGACCGAAUUAUGAAGAUCGUGGACCGACAGCAGGAUCCCAUGGAGCCACCCAAGUUCAAGCACAAGAAGAUCCCCCGUGGCCCGCCAUCCCCUCCACCCCCGGUUAUGCACUCGCCGCCGAGAAAGCUCACAGCCGAAGACCAAGAAGCAUGGAAGAUUCCCCCACCGGUAUCGAACUGGAAGAACCCGAAGGGUUAUACCGUUCCCUUGGACAAGCGCCUGGCAGCCGAUGGCCGUGGAUUACAGGAUGUCACUAUCAACGACAAGUUCGCUCAAUUUGCCGAGGCAUUGUUCACAGCAGAUCGUCACGCUCGUGAGGAGGUGCAGCUGCGCGCCUCAAUGCAGCAGAAGCUUGCCGAGAAGGAGAAGGAAGAGAAGGAAGAGCAUCUCAGACAGCUGGCUCAAAAGGCACGCCUGGAGCGUGCCGGCCCCAGCCAGCGCCGGACGUCAGAUGCGCGGUCCCGCUCCCGUUCUCGCUCCCGCAGCGCCAGCCGAACUGCAUCACCGUAUUCUUCACGAUCUGCCACCCCCGACGAGGAAGAGCAAGCUGCUCGUGCCCGCGAGCAGCAGCGCCGUGAGCGCCGCCAAGAGAAUGAGCGACAGCUCCGCCAGUCUCGGAUGGGCACUGAGCGCCGUAUCCAGGCUAUGGCUCGCGAGCAGAAUCGCGAUAUCUCUGAGAAGGUGGCUCUUGGAUUAGCAAAGCCGACUCAAAGCUCUGAAUCUAUGUGGGAUUCGCGUUUGUUCAACCAGAGCAGCGGUAUGAAUGCAGGAUUCAACGAAGACAACCCUUACGACAAGCCGCUGUUUGCUGCGCAGGACGCCAUCAACAGCAUCUACCGCCCUCGGGCACAGGCCGACGCCGAUGAUGAGGACGCAGGUGAAGGCGAGAUGAGCAAGAUCCAGAAGACCAACCGCUUCGAGGUCCUGGGUCGCGCCAAGGAGGGCUUCCGCGGUGCGGCUGAUGCCGAGGAGCGCCAGGGCCCUGUGCAAUUCGAGAAAGACUCUACCGAUCCGUUUGGCAUCGACAGUAUGAUUGCCGACGUCACGGCUGGUCAGAAGCGCUACGGUAUGCAAGAGGCCGAUUCAGACGAUCGGGGCUCGAAGCGCGCGCGGGUUGAUGACGAUGCUUAA